GGCGGCUGCUGUUUCUGUUUCUGCGCGGCUCGGGCGCAAGUCCAGCCUCUCCUCCCCUUUCACUUUCCUUUAAGGGGGUUUCCUGCCCGGGCUUCUGCCUGCAUCGCCGGCAGACUUAGGUGGCAGGUUACAUCUACAGCACUGUUCACAUGAUCAAAACGUUCGCACCCUGAAAAGUCCGCAGCUAGAGCAGUGCUUCUGCGCAAGCGCGAAGCGCGAGAGAGUGCUUCUGCGCGUGUAGCGAAACCCGGAAGUAUACACAUAAUGGGAGCAGGCCUAAGCUGGAGCAGGACCGCAAUGAACAUGUGUUCGGGCCUGCAAGAGAACUAUGAGGCUGCCAUGGUGCUGAGUGCCGUUGGAGACGCCUUGGGCUAUUACAAUCAAAAAUGGGAGUUCGUGCGCAGCGGUGAGAAGAUUCACAGCGAGUUGGCCAAAAUGGGUGGCCUGAACAAGCUCAACGUGGCAGGCUGGAGGGUCAGUGAUGACACCGUCAUGCACUUGGCUACUGCUGAAGCCUUGGCAGCAGCUGGGGAAAACCCAGACUUAACCCACUUGUAUAAACUCAUUGCAACAAACUACAGAGAUUGCAUGGAUGACAUGGAUGGACGAGCUCCAGGUGAUACCUGUAUGGCAUACGCCUUGAGAUUGGAUCCAGACAAGCCGGAUAGCUGGAUACCCGACUUCUCUGAAAAAGGAGGAGGGUGUGGUGCAGCCAUGCGGUCAAUGUGCAUUGGACUGAGGUUUCGUCACCCAGAAGAGCUGGAAAACUUGAUUGCAGUAAGCAUAGAGAGCGGUCGGAUGACUCACCACAACCCUACCGGCUACCUUGGAUCCCUGGCUUCUGCUCUCUUCACUUCUUAUGCCAUAAAUCGCAAGCCACUCCAGGAGUGGGGGAAAGGGCUCAUGGAGGUGCUACCAAUGGCAAAAGCCCAUAUCCAGAAGGCAGGUUCCUUUGUGGAGAAGAACUUGCAGCGCUGGAACUACUUUGAAAGGACAUGGAAGAAGUACCUGGAAACUAGAGGCAUUUCAGAUGGGAAAUCUCCUCCAUCCUUCCCCGAAGUGUAUGGUGUGAAAGAGAGAGAUGAAUUCUACACGUCCUUGAGCUACUCUGGCUGGGGAGGUGCAAGUGGGCAUGAUGCUCCCAUGAUUGCUUAUGACGCCAUCCUUGGUGCUGAGAACUGGAUUGAGUUGGCUCACAGAGGUUUCUUCCAUGGUGGGGACAGUGACUCCACUGCGGUCAUGGCUGCAUGCUGGUGGGGGGCAAUGCAUGGCUUCAAAGGCAUCAAUGCGAAUAACUAUAAGGAAAUUGAGUAUAGAGACCGACUGGAAAAAGUAGCGAGGAAACUCUAUCACCUGAGCUUGACUGCAGGGCAGUGAAGUCACACUUGCAUGUUAUAGGCAAGACGUCCCCUGCAGAGACCUGGAAGUUGCUAACCAGUAGCCUCUGGUGCUGUUCAUCCUUGCCAAACAUAGUGCAGUAAGUCAAGAGAUUUAAAUAUAGCAAAAUAAAAGGCCUACUCUUAUGCGCUCUUACUUGAAGCAUUAACACCGAGUGUGAAGUCUGCUUGGAUACAAAUUAUCAGUGAAAUAUUAGUGUGGGCCAAUAAACUUGAGAAACCUA